GAUAUCAUACCAAAGGUACAGAUUGAAAUAAUGAAGCACGUAGUACUUGUGUUCGCUUGCUUAUUAACCAUUACUCAGUCUCUGCCUUUUACGAUACUAUGUGAAGAUUCAGAGAAAGAACAUCAACGUAUUUGUUGGUUAGAUGCGGAGCAACUUAACGCUAGAAAUACAGAAGAGUCUUCUUUUUCUUUUGAUUAUCCAACGGAGCAGAAGCGAAAUUCUGAAAUAAGUAGUGCUUUGAACAUGUUGUAUGGUCGACCGAACAUAAAACGAAAUCCCGAACUUUCUAGCGCUUUAAUGAGUUAUAUGAGAAAUUCGGGCUACAGAAACUGAAAAGUUUUAUGUAAAAUGUCAAGUAUACCGAAAAUAAAAGUAUUUUAAA